CAAAAAAAUAAAUUCUGGAUAUAUCCGGUUAUGACGUAAAUGCUCAGAAAAAAACUGUAAAUCGAAAGCAAGUUUCAUUCGUAGAAAACACGCACAACUGAUUUUACCUGUGCAUUGUACCUCGUAAAAGAGACAACGAUGAAUAGAUUUAUCCCUUUUGGAAUCUGUACCGUGCUGUUAUUUUUGGUGUAUCUGACGACGUGUAGGGGAGAUGAUACAACAACCCAGGUGGUCACUACUGUAACAACGGAAUCAUCAGGAACGAGUGAAAGUCCAAAUGUCAAAGUUGGAAACUGUAGUACCUUUACAAGUAACGAUACUUGCUGUACUAACACUGGUUGCUCCUGGGUUGUGUGUUUAAACGCAACAGCAAGUGUGAAUCACACAGGCUGCCAUAACUUGAGUGACACAGCUGAUAAAAAGGCGGCUGCUGACGAAUGUAAAGUGGAUGUGAAUAAAAUAGAGGAAAAUGUUACCUGUACUUUUAAACCUAAUACAACAACAACAACACCAGUGCCGACAACAGCGUCCACAGCGCCAACAAUACCGCCAGCACCCAUGCCAGGAACAUGUGAGGCCUUUACAAACCAGAUGGCCUGCUGUGGACCAGAUGGUCUGAAACUAAAAUGUCUGUAUGUCAACUGUACCACAAAACAGGACUCCAAAGUAACUACACUGUGUCUUAAUUUUACCAGUAUGGCAAGCAAGUGUCAACCAGCUAAAGUGAUUUGUAACAGCAGUGAGAGUAGUACCACACCAGCACCGACUUCUUCAACACCAAACCCAACCACAACAACUGCAAAUACAACAACUACAAAAGCCCCACCCCCCACGACUCUGGCGCCGCACACAGGAACCACAGAGCAUGGUCAGCACUUUGAUGGAGCCUCCUUCAUUGGGGGGAUGAUCCUGAUGGCGGGAUUGUUUAUCACUGGAUUCUUCGCCUUAAAGUUCUACCGAGCACGCA